CCUUCUCCCCCCCCUCCUCCGGCGGCAGGCCACGUCGAAAGGGAAGGAAUGGCGCAGUCGGUAUUAAAAGCCGCGGGUCCGCCGAGGCUGAGGUGCACUCGCUGGUCGGUCAUCGUCGGCGGUCCUUCAGUCCCGAGGAGUUGAAGCCUAGGACUUGUGUGAGCGGCGGUUUUGAAGACAUCGCAGCAGCGAAACUUUGCACACGGCGAACGAUCGACUUCGCCAGGGAACCGCCGCGCAUCUCGAGCUCAGGAGUUCAACUCGCUCCUCUCUGAACGCCCGCCGUCGUCGCGCCGCCCUGCGAAGACCGCCCACCCCCACUUGGUCGAGGUCCGUUGACGGAGACCCCCCCGCACAGCGCUGGAGUUCGCGGCGUUCGGCGUCCUCAGCCACAGCUACCGCAGCCAGCCGACAGCAGCUCCCGCCAUGAUGGCCGUGGCCGCAGCGCAGAAGAACCGCGAGAUGUUCGCCAUCAAGAAGUCGUACAGCAUCGAGAACGGGUACCCCGCCCGCAGGAGGUCGCUGGUGGACGACGCGCGCUUCGAGACCCUGGUGGUCAAGCAGACCAAGCAGUGCGUGCUGGAGGAGGCCCGCCAGAGGUCCAACGAUGUGGCAGUUGAAGAUAAGGUACCCGAGAAUCUGCCCGCACCUGUUUUGGAGGUCAAGGUCACGCCACAGGAAGAAGUUUUUACAGACUCUCGCACGGUGACCGUGAACGGCCACGACGACGCCCAAGCGACGGACGAGGUCGACGACCACUCCGGUUCCGACGUGGACGACGACGUGUUGGCCGGGGACGAACAGCUGACCAACGGCCACGAAGAGUCCGAUGAAGACGCGGGGAUGACGGAGGAGGAGGUGAUCCUGGCGAACGCGGCUGCCGAGAGCCCUGAGGCCGAGGAGUCCGUCCAGAAGGCGGUGCUCGUUCUGCGCAUGCGCGAGGGAGUCGGCUCCUUGGCGAGGAUGUUGAAGACCAUCGAGAACUUCAGGGGCGCCGUGACGCACCUGGAGACGCGGCCGUCCAAGCAGGCGGGCUCGCAGCUGGACGCCAUGGUGAAGGUGGACAUGCCCCGCCGCGCCCUGCUGCUGCUGGUCAAGUCCCUGCGCCAGAGCGCCGCGCUGGGGGGGAUCACCUUGCUCGCGGAGCAGGACAGCGUGAGCGUGAAGGACCCCUGGUUCCCGCGCCACGCCUCCGAGCUCGACAACUGCAACCACCUCAUGACCAAGUACGAGCCCGAGCUCGACAUGAACCACCCGGGCUUCGCCGACAAGGUGUACCGCCAGCGGCGCAAGGAGAUCGCCAGCAUCGCCUUCUCCUACAAGUACGGAGACCCCAUCCCGCGCAUCGACUACACGGAGAGCGAGGUGUCCACCUGGUCGGCCGUGUUCAACACUGUGUUGGAGCUGUGCCCCAAGCACGCAUGCGUUGAGUACCAGCGCGUGUUCACGCUGCUCCAGAAGGAGGGCAUCUUCCGGCCGGACUGCAUCCCGCAGCUCGAGGACAUGUCCAACUUCAUGAGGAAGCACACCGGCUUCACGCUGCGCCCGGCGGCCGGACUCCUCACCGCCAGGGACUUCCUGGCGAGCCUCGCCUUCAGAGUGUUCCAGAGCACGCAGUACGUGCGCCACACCUCAUCGCCCUACCACACGCCCGAGCCGGAUUGCAUCCACGAACUUCUUGGACACAUGCCACUCCUCGCUGACCCCAGCUUCGCCCAGUUCUCCCAGGAGAUCGGCCUGGCUUCUCUGGGAGCUUCUGACGACGAGAUCGAGAAACUGUCAACUGUGUACUGGUUCACUGUGGAGUUUGGCCUGUGCAAGGAGCACGGGGAGGUGAAGGCCUACGGCGCCGGCCUGCUGUCCAGCUACGGCGAGCUGCUGCACGCCAUCUCCGACAAGCCGGAGCUCAGGCCCUUCGAGCCGGCCUCCACGGCGGUGCAGCCCUACCAGGACCAGGAGUACCAGCCCAUCUACUACGUGGCCGAGAGCUUCGAGGACGCCAAGGAGAAGUUCAGGAAGUGGGUGUCAGCGGGGAUGAAGCGGCCCUACGAGGUCCGGUACAACCCGCACACGCAGAGGGUCGAGGUGCUGGACUCGGUGGAGCGACUGGAGAACGCGCUCAGCCAGCUCAACCUCGAGAUGAUGCACCUCACCAACGCGCUGCUCAAGAUGCGGUCAAAGCACUCGUCGUCCUAAAACCCUGCCCACACUCUUUGGCUUUGUGUUUUCACCCAAAUAAUUUUUUUUCCACCGCCGCUCGCUCGGUAAGCCUGACGCGCGCUGCCUGCUCCUACUCAAUUUUUUGGGGGGACUGUGUCCGUCUUUUUGGAGCGCCGCGCAGGAAGUCCUCGCAUCCUCAGGGUCCCUUCCUCCCCGAACCGGGAGGACGACUUGACUUUCGGACGAGGUGUUCCGCGCGGCUCGCCAAAGACACUGAUAACCCCCGCGGCGAGUCCCCGUGUGCCCCUGGUCACCAACCAGCGUGUGGAGACCGGCGACCCGAUUCUGUCCAUGUGCCCGGAUGGUAGCAGGCCCCCGAAGGGAAAAAAAAGGGGCACCAACCGGCACGCGACUUAGCGGAUGCCCAUAUUGUCCACGCGCUCGAUGGUAGAGCGUCCGGUGCGCGCAGGGGCGAGCCCCGGGACCCACAGAAGGCAGUGCCCCUGGUAAUUCUGGGUGGGCACUUCGCAUCCACUCUCCGCCUCGAGAAUCUUUGCACUUGGGACGCACUCCUUGAUGAUUAGGUCUACAAACCAUUGGCGUACGAAAAGGGAAGGGAUCGAUGGGCCAGAACCCCCUUACUUUCUCUACUUAAAUUUGAUCAAACAUGAAUUAUAAUACUCCGGGAAAAUACAUACCUACCUUCAUUUCAGCACACGAUUGUGAAACUUAUUUAAAUAUUAAUUACAUUCAACUAUAUAAAUUAUUAAUUAAAAUUCCUCUUUAGGUAAAUGUUACGUACGCCACUUCCAUAAACUAUCUCCUAUAAUUUUCUAAUACUGUUCGGAAUAUCAAAUCAUGAAGAAAAAAAAGGUUUGUUGCUUGCCUAAUCAGCAAGGACUCUUAAGCACCUGUGUAUACUAUUCCUAAGCUAUGAGUGUGAGUAUGUAUGAGUACAUUUAAGAUGUGUUCCUCACGUGAAAUUCUCAUACCAAAUAGUUGUUACGUCUUCUAAUUUAAAAGUAUUUCGCUAGUUUUGUCCAAAAAUGAAAUAAUCUUCUCUUCGACUACUGACUGAAAGUAUGUGAUAUGUUUGUGAAUAAGUGUAACUUUUAUUGUAGCGCUAGUUAAUUAUUUUUUAUAUUGUUAUGAUAUGUACAGUAUCUGUAUCGUUCGUCCACUUUGUCAGUAGUGUGGGUUGGUUGACGACGCACAGGCAUCGGAUUGUCCAUGUGUGAUCUUUAGCAUAGAAAUGAUGUCGACUCGAUGUCGAAAAAUGUCGACGUGACAGGGUCGAUAGAUCUAAGCGAUGAUGUUUCCAAAGACAUAGAAAUGACUUAAAGUGCAGUUGGCAUUUUGUUCUGAAUGCGAAUAGUGAUGAAGCAAUACUACUUUGUCCUUCAUUUAAUGUAUGUUGAAAUGUUGUUUAAACUUUGUUGGGAUACAAGGGGAUUACUUUCAUAAUUGUUUUGUGUAUUUAUAUAGACAUUCCACCAAAGUAGAUUAUCUUUAAAAUGGUUAAAUUUAUAUUUAAUUCCAUAUGAUUAUGACAAUUGUCAAAUUCACUGCUGUUUAUUUUUUUUCCUACACUACUCAAAUGUAUGUAUCAAUAAAACAAAAUAUUGUAACUUUAAAUUAUAUAAAAAUCCAGCUAUGUACAUUGAAAAAUGAAAAAUACAAAAACAACUGCACUGAAAAUA